AUGGCUGGAUAUAUCUGGAAGCAUCCCCUGGAGAUUCCUCCACCAUCUGAAAAGGACUGGCUAAAAGAUGAUGAGGAAGAUUUCUUCCUGCAGGAUCCUGAUCGAAAACGUGAUGCGUUGCCUCAGCCCUUCAGGAUGAUCAAUAAACUGUUGAUGCUGGUUUUUGAGAAUGCUAUGGAAAUAAUUGAAAAAAAGGAGACACUCCAAGAAGCGCAAAAACUAAAGGUCCAGCCCAAAAAAUGCUUUCCUACAGCUGAAUUCCAG